AUGAAUACCGCCGACGAUGCGCAACUCGGCGCCACUUCCGCCGUAUCGCAAGACGAGACGAAAUUAGACUCGAGCGAAAUAGUAGAUAUAUCCGAAUAUAACUCUCAAAGCCAUCCGAUAAGUCCGAAGAAACGAGAUAUACCUACAUCGUCAAGUUCCCAGCAAGAUGAUAUUGUCACCAAGGUGUUGCAAUUUCUUUCCACAGCAACGCCUGGGACACUCGCGGCUAUCGUGUUUGCACUUGCUGCUGUGACAUACUUCGUCCUUGGUCAGAUUGGCCUAGUACUGAUCGGAGCUGUCGGUGGUAUCACGCUAUUCGCGUCAUGGGAGUCCCGGCAUCCCGAGGUGUCCCGAGCCGUCCGAGGUGAAAGGGGUUACGAAUUUUUAGAUCGUAUCUUAGGGACGGCACAUACCAGGGCAGUCAUCCAGACUGAACAAGACGAUGAGAAGAACGCCCAAUUUCUCGCUCAAAGUUUCGACGACUUCCAGCCAGAAACGCGACAGGCGCUUACUGGUCUUGUCGACGCCAUUGUUCGCGACUAUGUAGACUGGUGGUAUGGACCUAUUGUGCCGUCCGACAAGUCAUUUCCUCUCUCCUGCAGAAAGGUGUUGGUUAAUUUCCUAUUGACUAUCUCGAAUCAAUUGGGCCGCAAGCGACCUGCCGAUGCCUUCGUCGACUUCCUUACUCACACAUGCUCUAUCAUUAUUGUCUUCCUAUCUGAGAUGGCCAAUGCUUACUCAGAGCUUCCUUCCGAAGUCAACCUGACUGCGGCAGAUGCUAUUUAUAAUUACCUAGCUUCGAAUACUGAAGCACCGUUGUCAAAUUUACUUAAUCAAAGACAACAAGCAGGGAAGUUUAAGAUGGUUGCUGAGGACAUGCUUAGCUUCCUAGAUAGAUCGGCGUAUGAUUGCGAUCCUGCUCGAAUCUUUUUGAGGGAGAUCCUCUCAACAAUUAUUCUUGAGGGUACUUUACAGACGUGUUCUAAAGCCGAAUGGAUUAAUGGUUGGAUUGUGUAUCUCCUUGAGUCUGGAGAGACAGACUUUUCGCAAGCUAUCGACGAUGCGAUACAAGAUCAGAAGGCUUUUGGCGACGUCGAUGGCAAUGUGGGAAACAUUGGCCUUUCCAGGGGCAACCGCAAUUCAUACGAAAUUGAUCGGGUGCGCCGUAAAGAGGCGGUGCAUAAGAAGAAGCUAUCAAAAGCUGACGAAGAAAUGGAGAAGGCUAUGGAAGAAAUGAAGAGACUUAAUGAGAUGAUUCUGGAAGCCGACAAGUCGAAACCCGUAUCAACUGAGAGCCGCACAGACGCCUCUGGUCUCCUUAAUAAUGCCAUAGAGAAGAAUGCUAAGGAGCUUAACUUGAAGCUUGACGAAAAACCAAACAGGUCUUCUUUAGAGAAACCUAAAGACUAUAGUCCAAGUAUUAGAGGUGCAUCAAUGGACUCAAGACCAGGGAAUGCUGAUGAUAGGGAAGGAUCUCUGAGGUCUCCUAUCUCUCUAAGAUCGCCAAUAGAUCUGCCAAGCCACAGCUCGUCUCCGUCUAGUGGACAUGGGGAGCAAAUGGCCCGUAGGUUUACAAGCUUUGAUCAAAUUGUUCCACCGGCAACAGAAGAACCAGAAGAAGGUGACCCACGCAACCCACCUCCCCUUACACUACACAAUGCCACUGUUACUAUUCAUGACGACGCGGUGAAUGACAAGGGUCGACUUCGUGGCAAACCUUCCUGGGAGUAUCUACUUCAGAUUGAACCAGCAACCUCUCAUUACCCUGGGUGGAUGAUAAUGAAAACGUACACCCAGUUUGAGGGCCUCCAUGAGAGCUUGAGACGCAUUGCGACCGUCUCUGGGUCAACUGCUUUCCUAGAGGCCUUUGCCACCUUCCCGAGCUGGAAAGUGCAUACGAGGACGUCAUUGCGCGGUGAGAUUGAGAGAUACAUGCGAACAGCCUGCGCCGAGAAAGCACUGGCCGAAUCAGAAGCCUUUAAGCGGUUCCUAGAUAAAGGUCAGGAGAAUCGAAUGAGCGUCAGCAGGGGGUUCUCAUUCGAGUCGGUAGGAAAAGGUGUGCUUGACGUUAUCCAGAAUGCACCCAAGGGGGCCUUAGACAGCGGAAAAGUGGUGGUCGGCGGAGUCACUGGCGUCUUUGGCAAUAUCGGACUAGGGCCAAGGAAAUCAACCACUUCAUCCUUGAACGAGCAACAAACCAAGGAAGUUAGUAGCGCGAAAAGCCCAACGAACACGCGGCCAUUAUCAAUGUCGGCUCUCUCAAGGAUGGAUAGUACCCCAUCGGUGAAUGGGUCAGGAAAAACCAGGGAUAGUCUGGACAGUCAAAGAUCGUCUGUGGUCGCAGUGCAGCCGGGUAAAGUAGCGCCUAUGGAAAGGCGACCCAGCGUCCAAAUAGAUCCGAAUCAAGACAGUCUUCACCCUGCAAGAGCAGAUCGCUGGGAGCGGAGCUCGAUUAGUGCAACGAGUAGUAAAGUACAUAGUCGUGCUUCAAGCGCUGUAGCAUUACGCUCACCUCUACGAUCUCCAUCUGAAUUAAGCUUUACUAACAUUAAACUGCCACCUCCACCGGAUGAGAUCGCAGACGACUAUGGCUCUCCCGUGAGCACUCGCUUGAGUGUGGAUGGAAACUCGCGUUUAAUGGCUACUCCAAAUGGUAUCUCGCCAACUCGAUCAUUUAACUCAAGCCAAGAUCAGCUACCACAAGCAGGUAGACCUGUGAAGCGACCAAGUAAGCAGUACGCACCACUUUCAGAGCAAGAGACUCGUGUAGCGGUUGAACUUCUUUUCGCCGUAAUCAACGAGCUCUAUACUCUGUCAUCGGCUUGGAACAUUCGGCGGACGCUCUUGACAGCAGCGAAAUCAUUUUUACUACGACCAGGCAAUCCAUCACUCGCGUCUAUCCAAUCGCUUGUUCAAGAAUCGGUUCUUGAGGCGAACUUAUCGGACGAUGGUAUUGCUGCUCAUCUACGCAAGCUCCGAGAAAAUUCUCUUCCCACGGAAGAAGAACGAAAAGCUUGGCCAAAGGAGAUGACGAUUGAAGAAAAAGAGGAGCUGAGAGUUAAAGCUAGAAAACUGUUUAUACAGAGCGGCGUCCCUGGCGCAUUAAUGGGGAUCAUGGGACAAUCCGCUACAAGCGAAGCGCUUGGGCGAGUCUUUGACUGCCUCCAGGUCGAGGAGGUCGCCAGAGGUCUUUUCUUCGGGAUCAUGCUGCAAGCAGUUCGAGUCGUUACACACUAA